AUGGAUUCUACGAGCUCAGGGUCGCCGACGGCCAGUCCGACCGGCGCUAUCCGCACACGCAACAAGACCUCCGGCUCGAUCGCAAAGAGAGCUUGCGACCAAUGCAAGUUCCGCAAGAUCAAGUGUAGCCUUUCUCAGCCCUGUAAGGCCUGUCAAUCCAUGGGCUUCGACUGCACAUUCCUUCAACCACAGAAGAAGCGCGGGCCAACCGGACAUCGUGUCUCGCAAAUUCGCCAGCAACAAACGCAUAUUAUUUCUCGUACCCCGCAGGAAACCCCCCUACCCAAGCAGGAACCCUUCCGCUAUCAUGGCCCAACCUCUGGCGUGGAACCGAGCCAGUCGGUCACGAUGCCCGGGGCAUCGUGGACAUCGGCGCAAGGCCAGGUGACCUUGUCGAUGGAGGGAGCAACCGGUCUUGCACCCUCUGGCCCAGCACCGGGUGUCGUAGAUGCCUGGGCGGGCGAGACGGCUUCUCUCGACUCAUCGGGUACCAGUGUAGGCUGGAACGAUCGCCCGGAUGUGGAAUACUGGCUACCAGAUAAUUUGGGCGCGCAGGUCCCCGUCUUUGAAUUCCCCGGCAGCAACAUCUACCUCAAACCCUCUCUCCCAUCGAUUAUUCAACCCGUGCCCGACGUAUCGACCAUCAAUCUCCCCCCAGCGGAACACCAGGGGAUGCCAUAUUCCCCGGCCGUGGGGUCAAUACAGUCCUCGGAAAGUCAGGAACCGGAAGAGUUCUGGCCUAAUUCGAUCAACGAGGCGAAUAUGAUUCCCUGGCUUGACGUCUACUUUGACCGUCUUCACCCGACUGUCCCCGUGCUGAGUCGCUCGUCACUGUACACGCGGAUGAUGUGUCAGGAGCAUCGCAAGAAUACGCAGUUCGGAGCGAUGCUACUAUCUCUGUGUGCGUUUUCUCUAACGCAACCUAUUGAGAUCAAUGAGCGCGCGACGACCUCGUCUCGUGCCAACCAGGCCCGGACGAUGAUGCACGAAGCCACCAAGAUGCGGAGUUGCUGUGAUUUUGGAGAAAACCCGACCAUCGAGGCCGUUUUGACGAGUUUCUUCCUUUUCGGGUGCUUGUUUGGCAGUAAUCAACAUAAUGCGGCGUGGUUGCGCCUACGAGAAGCCCUUGAUCUUGCGUCGACUCUGGGUCUGAAUGAUCCGGAGUCUUAUCGUGAUUUGCCCGGUGACGAGAAGGGCCAGCGAUUACGGACAUAUUUAGUCCUAUCAAUCACCGAGAGAGCAUAUGCAUUGCAACGCUUGCACCCCGUCACGUUCUCCGGCAAACCCGGCUUCAGCAUGCGCUCCGUCCACGACUUCCUCCACAACGCCACCCACAGCCUCGUCUCCGGAAUCAUCGUGCACAACGAAAAGGACGCCGAAGGCAUGAUGGGUCUAGCCCGACUGAUGGAACUCUUCGACGCCAUCGACGAAGACUUCAUCCACUGCUGGAACCGGCGCUGCGACCUCCACAACGGAUACUGCCAACGCUUCACCGAAGCCAAAGCUCUGUCCAUGUACGAUAGCCUUGAGCAAGUUAGUCAAGCAGAGCGGUAUAAGGGGUAUGACUGGUUCGAGCGUGCCAAGGAUGAUGGCAACAAUAAUAAUAAUGCGCUUCUUGCUAUGGGAUUGCGCGAGACUCAGGCUGCGGAUGUUUUCAUUACGCAGAAAUGGGUACAGAACCGGGUUUGGCUGUUGUGUUUGAAUCAUGGGCUGUUGCGGACGCGGUCGGAUAGGCCGGAGUUGACGUUCGGGUUUGCGGUGUCGAUUGCGGAAUCGACUAUACAGCUGUGUCGUUCGUUACGGUUGAGUUCGAUGGAAGCUCAUGGGAUUGGUUUUACUGAAAAAUUAUACGACAUCGCCGUCGGCGCCACAGAUAUCCUCUGCAACAUCAACCCACCCUUUGGCACGGGAAUAACACCUCUAGGAAACUUUUCCGAGUCACUACCUACAACAUCUACGCCGCAAGCCAUGGCGGAAGAUUUCUUGUUACUGCUGAGCAGUUUCCGGGGCGGCAACCAUCCGUUCGUGGAAAAGUACAAGGCCCAUUUGCGGGCUUUGCAGAUUCCCGGGAAUUGGGGACCUGCCCAAGUCCAAGUCCAAGUUCAGGGUCAGGCUCAUUGA